UGUGUACGAGUUCUUUUUAACGUCGUCUAACCUCACCUUGUCAGAAUCAAAAAUAGUUUUGCUUUUUGUGAGUCAGUGAUUGCCAAGUGGGUAGUUAAGACACGAUAAAACAUGCCCGGAGUUAAUAAAGAGCAAGAGAGCAAUUUGAGUAAUGUAGGAAACAUCGGGAUUGAUACCGUAGAGCCUCAAGAAGAACGUGAAUUAACCCAGACCGAUCGGAUCAAUCGACAACUAUUACUUGCCUUAUUGCAAAGCCUCAAUCGACUGUCUGUGUAUAGUGUAGAGCCCCCUAGUUCUUCUGAAAGCGACUCUGAAUGGAGUGAGAAUGAGGAUCAGAAUGAGGAGCCAAACCGCCAGUAAAACGUAAACAAACCAACGCCCUAACCUAACAAAGUCUUCGAAGUUGGCGGCAACCAUAAGGAGCACAGCUCUUUUUGUUACUUAUUGUUAUCAUUUUCUACAGUUUUUUUAAAUAAAUUAUUAUGUCUUCGGAUGAAGAAUCUAUUAGUGAUAAGGGUAGGAUACUGUCGGAUAUAGAAGAUGAGCAGAAUGACAUAGAAGUAGUUGAUGCCCCGCAAGGGGCUGGAGAGGAUGAGAACACUGAGGAAGUUCAGAGGGACGAAACAGAAGGAAAUGAAGAUGGAAAUGGAGCAAAGCAGGUAGUGCAACCUAAACGAGUGAUAAAAAAUCCACAGCCUAAACUCAAUGCUGAAACCCUAAAAGGUCCUAAAGGAAUAGCCACCUUGCCAUCCUACUUUGAAAGAGUAAACUUCAAAGGAAAAGGCCACGAGGAGCAAGACCUACACGCCAUUAUCAAAACAUACGAAUAUUGGUGUCAUCGCCUAUUUCCAAAAUUUCCAUUUGAGGCGUGUGUUGACAAACUCGAAAAGUUGGGAAGCAAAAAAAGCGUUCAGACACACAUUAAGAGAAUUCGAUUUGAUUUGUUGGUCGAAGAACAAGAAAAUCCGAUAAUCGAUUCAUCCGAUGAAGAAAUGAAUGUAGACGGUUUCGUCCCAAUCCAGAGCGAUGAAAUCGACAAGCAGAAUAAGCAGUUCGAACUACUGCAGGCCGCUCCCUCAAUCAAUCAACCACCUUUGCAACUUACCGAAGAACAACAGAAUCGGAUUAGGUUGAAUAAGGAACGAGCUGAGAAACUGCGACUCGAAAAAUUAAGGAAAAUUAGAGCAAAGGCUGAAGAGAACUUGCAGAUUUCAAGCCAAGUUCUACCUGGACCGAGCAGUGCUGCAGAUAAAUUGCAAACCGACGAAUCAGAGCCAGAGUUUGACCUGGAAAGUAAUGCAAAGGGCAAGUCAUUAUUGAAAAAGAAAAGCAUGCAAAAAUUAAUUAAAGGAGCCAAUAAGGAAAAGCAUCACAAUGAAGAUAAUAGUGUAGUUUCUAUUGAUGGUUCGAGCGAAUCAAACUCUGAAGAAGCUGCAAGAGUUUUGGAGAAUCAUGCAAGCGAAAGUAUAAACUUGAGUCUUGGAAUGGAUGAAGACACUAUUCGUGAUGUGAGAUCGUCCACAAUAUUGAGUCCAAAGCGAAGACGCAAGAAGAAUGUUAUUGAAAGUGAUGACAGUGACCAAGAAGGAGAGCACACAAAAGCGGACUUUGGAAAAAAUGGUUUAGCUGAAAAACACUCAAAUUAUUUCAAUGGAAGUUCUAGCAAAUUUAGAAGCAUUUCUGCCAAUAUUAUAGAUAGUGAUCAGAGUGACGACGACAUUGAGAUGGAACUUUUAGCUUCGAAAAAUCUCUCCUUGGGAACUCAAACCAAGCAGUCUUCUCCACGCACAAGAGAGCCCAUAGAAAAUUCUGAUUUUUUUAUUAAAGCUGUGAGAUCUAGUGAAGACCCAGACAAAGAAAACUCUCCACUGGACAAUCAAUUGUGAACAUUCUGCUUAUCCGUUCGGUGAAAUGAUCUAGUUGUUAAGAAUUUGUUCAUUUAAAGUGUUGUAUCAUUUCCCUUUACCCAUUGUCAUCGAGGGGCAAUGAUUUUAUUAAACGUUCAAACUGAAA